CGACCUAACCUGCAUAGCAUUUUAUGACCGAAUAUUACUAGCAAACAAAUGCCAGUAAAAGCGACCAGCGUGGCGUGUCGCUUGUUGCGGCGCAACUCCACGCACGCUAGCAAUGCACCAGCGGGAAUAAUCGAGCUAAGAGACUAUGUACUUCACGCGUCCGAAUAUAAGCGUUUUCUGGCGCUUUCGACGGAGUAUGCGGCGGCGCGCACCCAAGUGUACAAGGGAUUUCUAGGCAUGUUCACGGCCGACACAGGUGGCAACGUUAGCCGUGUCGUGCAUAUGUACCACUUUGAGAAUUACAGUGCCCGAGACGCCACGCGCCGGGCAGCCGCCGCCCACGCCGACUGGCAGCGGUACACGGACGCAGCGCGGUCGUGCAUUCUGACGAAGGAGUCCACCAUCUUGCUGCAGGCACCGGCGGAUGUAUACGCAGCAGCCGGGAUUGGCUGCGCCUCAGGCUUCCAACCAGCAGCGGCGGCCGCGGCGGGCGGGGCUGGGGGCAGCUCCGCCGACCAGGUGGUGUACGAGCUGCGGAACUACCGACUGAGGCCGGGGCGCAACGGCGUCAAGGCGUUGAUGGCGGCUUUCAAAACCGGGCUGCCGUCCAAGCUGGCGGCGGAUGGUGUGGGGCAGCUAGCGCUGCUGGCGCACUCGGACGUGGGGCAGCUCAAUCAGGUUUACGAGGUGUACAGGUACCCCUCAGCACAGCGCCUCAUCGAGGCGUGCGAACGAAGCCGGGGGGCGGCGGAGUGGCAGGAUGCCAAGUCCAAGGCGUACGAGCUGUGCGACCAAUUCCACAUCUCGUUUUUGCAUCCCACGCGGUUCUCGAGGUGGCAGUGAGCGUGCGUUUGGGCUUGAAGCAGGCACACUGGGCUGAUACAGCACCAACACAGUCGAUACGGGUCACUGUGGGCAGAAUGCCCCUGCUGGGUUCACCGACGACCGAGCGGGACGCAGGGUGUGAGCGGGACUGUAGGGAAGGCGGGGCCUGUCGAUGCUUAAGCCAGUGCGGCACAUGCACGAGUUAAAGCACUCUUGCACUUUUAUGCAUCAAGUGGUUAGAGCGGGAGCUUGUAGCAUAAGCGGGGAGCAGUGUCAAUGGAAAGCGUCAACAGGGACUGGUAAUGCAGCGGAGCAGUUGCAGGCUGGAGGCCUGCACUUAGAAGGCCCACAGCUAUCUGCUGCGUGGCUCAAGGGUCCGUCGCGUGCGCUGACGUGGCUUGCAAGCAUGCGGACAGAGGCGCAAGUGGCAGCGCAUGUGUGCAGGCGAGCGGUUGGUUCAGCGGGGAACGUUUCGCGCAACUGCGGUAGAACCGGUCAGCAGGAGUGGUCCUGAGUGGUGGUGUUGGCGCUACACCAGGUGCGAGAAAGGUAUGAGCUAAGCGCUCAGAUUGAAAUAGGCAGUGGUUUGUAGAUUUGAGGCCUUGGUUUGAGCAGAUGGCCACGCGGGCACCUGCUGGGAGGUCACGGAGGGACGCAUGCAGGGUGCAGUGCGGGCGCCAGGGGCUGGUAGGGUUUGGCACAUCAACCGGCUUUAGGCAGCCUGCGUCGACGUGCAAUUCAGUAGCGAAACGUUUACACACUAGAAGAUUUGCAUGCCGUAUGAGGUUGGGCCUGCGGUUGCGCGCAGACGUCCGACUUUGCUUGCACAAUGCCGUCGGAUGGCCUGCGUUGCGUGGAAGCCCACGUACAUUGUGGGUCGCCGUCAGCUCCGUUGCCGAGCGAGUUUGUAAAGGGUCUUGCAC